AUAACAAAUUACAGAUAACGUCCAUACACAUCAGUGUGACAGUUAUUUACUGUAUAAUCCGACAUCAAAUCGUUAAUAUCAUUGCUGUGGAAAUAUACACAUCCCCGUAUAGGAUCACGGAAUUAGAUUAGUCCGUGGUAUGAUCAUAUGAAAAAGUUGACUGCUCACAGCUUAUCCAUAUAACUAUGAUGAUUUGAUGAGAGAGAUUAGCAAUGGACAUGAACUGUGACAGAAUCCUUGAUGUUGGGCAGUUGGUUGAUCUCAAAUGGAAAGUGGGUGUGGCGAUGAGCUCGGAUACUUGCCGUAGUUUGAACAGUUCCUAUGUUGCUAUGGCAAUCAAGGUCGCAGAUCCAUCAGGGAAGGUCACAAGUCAUAAAUUUGAGAUGACAGUCCAGCAGUUCCAGAAUUUUUCCAAGCAGCUAAAAGACAUGGCUAGUGCAAUGGAAACCGUAUGACGACAGAAACUAGUUAAAAGGAAUGGAGUUCAAUUGUAAAACAUGCUUAGCGGUCAGUCUGAAAACUUGUGGGGGGCAGAUUGUGGUGCUGAUAGUGUGGUUUGUGCCUCUAAAUAAUAUAUGACAAUCAUGGCAUCUCUUGUGAAUUUGUGGAAACUGAAGAGUUCUUUAUUGAAAAAGAUGUAUAAUUCAAGAUUACAGAAUCCAAAACAACCUGUUGAAUUUGAACAGGGCACAUGACAGAGAAGAUAAUUUAGGUGGCACUGAACCAAAAAGACAGAUCUGAAAUUUAACAAAGGUUUGUUUACGGCGUUUCAAGUCGGUGAGACCUGUCAAAGAAAGAAAAGGACAAAUAGGACAUUUUAGAUGACACAGAAUUGAUAUGAUGGAACUGGAAGUUAGUGAAGAUCUGUAAAGGAUUAAGAUGUGUGAAAAUCUGAAGAAGACAUCGAGGGUGACACAGACCCUGUUUAACAAAGAUGAAAGUAAAUAUAGAUCUGUUGAAGUUACCUGUUAUGUGUACAGCUGUGGGAACCGUAUCUCAAGGUCCUGUUUUUAUUUUAAAAAUCUAAGAUUAUCAUAUCUAUGGUCAGAUAAUCUUAAUUUGUUUUUGAUAUAGUCUAGAUAGAUAUAGAUAAUCUAGAUUGUCCAAAUUGAUAAAAUUGGACAGACCUUGAGCUACGUCUCCUGUAGCUAAUUUGUUCUGUGGCAGACUUUUUCAUCCACAAACAGACACCAUAAGCUGCAAGGCAGACAUGACUGAUGCUGCGUAUGAUAAUAAAAUUGAUAGAAAUAAUUUUAAUAAUUUGAUUCUAGAUAUAACAAAAAGAUAGGUGUUGAGUUGAAUAUUGAAAAACAGCAGAAAUUAAAUGAAUCAUGUUUAUUUAUUAAAAAGCUAAGUCUCUAGGCAGUGUAUAACCUGAUUGUGUUUGAGAGAAGACAACGUAGCUUAGACCGAAUAGUUUCCUGUAGUUGUGGAUGAAAGAGUUUGCUGUGUGCAUGAAGUUAGUUGAAUUUGUUUGUUAAAAUGUUGUACUUUUUGACUCAAACAAAAGUGUUGUAUAAAGAUUGGUUAAAUAUUGUUCUGAGAAAACUAUGACAGUCAUAAAUGAUUUAAUUUUGACAUAGAAACUGCAUCAUUAAUAAAAAUAAAUAAUCUUUACUCAAAAGUUUAACACAAGAUUGAUAUUCUCCACCAGAUCAACACUAUAACCUUAUUAGUCGGCAGACGUUUCACAUACACUACUUAAUUAAAGAAAUCCUUGACUUAUAUUAGACCUUAGGAAACAUCGUGACAUGAAGAAAAAAAUCAUUAACUUGACAUUUUUUUCUUGCUCUAGAAAUGCUCUCAAAUAGAAAAAAGUGAAGCAAAAGAAUUUCCUACAGCGGAGGAUUGAUCAUGAGCAUUUUCUGUAUCACAAAGUUUUAUCCAUAUCAAUACACUGUAUAUGAAAACUAUCAUGAAAUAGAAAAAAAUAUUUGGUUUGUUUACUUUUAUUUGGGCUUUGAGGAAAAGGGAAUUUUUAAGACUCAAAAACAUAAAUAUUAAUGUCAAAAUUGAAAUGAUUUUUCCCCCUAAAACAGCAUUAUUUUGAUGCUCUAGUUUUGGAUACAUGUGGUGCUCUUUGUGGACUCAGCCCUGACACAGGUUUAUUUAUAGAUGUUGUAACUGUCUAGAGCUGCUCUUUGUGGACUCAGCCCUGACACGGGUUUAUUUAUAGAUGUUGUAACUGUCUAGAGCUGCUCUUUGUGGACUCGGCCCUGACACGGGUUUAUUUAUAGAUGUUCUAACUGUCUAGAGCUGCUCUUUGUGGACUCAGCCCUGACACGGGUUUAUUUAUAGAUGUUGUAACUGUCUAGAGAUGCUCUUUGUGGACUCGGCCCUGACACAGGUUUAUUUAUAGAUGUUUUAACUGUCUAGAGCUGUUGAUGCACUUAAAUAAACUUUUUAUCUUAGAUUCUAACACUUUUAAAAGUCUGGGUCACAGAGUAUAAUAUUUUUGAUUAUUUAUUUGCUAUAUUUUGCCGAAUUAUAAAGAUACAUAUAUACAACACCAUAUCUCGGGGACAGUUUCCUUCUAUUUAUUGUACUCGGAUGUAUACAGAUUUAUGUGACAACCAAUAAUACGGGCUACUUUCUGCAUUACAUGUUAUCACUGCACAUUACAUGUACUGUAUUUAUCCUGCAACCCGCGAGAGGGGGGGGGGGGGGGGGGGUAGUACAUAAACUUACGACGCAAAGUAGGGGCGGGUUUAUUGUGUAUGACAUUUUACUAGAGCUUAAUGUUUAAAUGUUGAAUAAACAUGGUAAUUACCAGUAAUAUUACCUAUGCAUUCCAAAGUGCAGAUCAAUGUAAUUGUGCCAUUUACCAUAUACAGUGUAUAUAGGAAAGAAAAAAAACAAAAAUCCAUGUACAACUUUUUCUAACUUACACGAUACUAUGUCGCAGUGACCUGAAAAUCUAAAUUUUGUGUCAACAUAAAUUUAUGAUCAAUAAAUCAAUUGUAACAUCAGUAAAUUGUUAUCAUUAAAACUUUUCUCUAAAAAAUAGAAAUGACCUUGCAGAAUUCCAUGCAAAUUUCUUCAGUCUUUAGAAGUGUCAGAUUAGAUAUGCUUUGUUGUCUGUAAACUGCUAUUUGUUGCACAGACAAGAUUAAAACACUGGAGUUAUAUUCUUUGAUGAUAUGUUGAUCAUAAAUUGCACAGACAGAUGCCAAGCUGUUCCAUAUUUACGAGGGAAUUAUUUUGGUAUGGGUUGUUAGUCUGAUAAACAGAUUUUGUGUGUACAUAUCCUAUAUACAUAUUUCCAUGUUAAACAAACUUGUUGCUUUUUAUUACGUAUAAUUUUAUCAUGUAUAAUUUUUUGCAAUUUUUGCUAUUCUACCUAGAAAUCUCACAAUCCCUUACAUUGACUUUUUCUACUGUGUAAUAAAGUAUUAGAUAUUGAAA